CAGCUUUCCCAUUUUCUAACAACCAAGCAACGGCGGUCGGUGUGAAUAUCCCAUGGACGGCGCCGGAGAAAAGCAGCAGCUCCACCACCACUCGCCGCCGGAAACCCCCAAAGGCUGCGUGGCGGUGAUGGUGGGCUUGGAAGAGGAACAGCAGAGGUUUGUGAUCCCAGUCGCGUACUUGAAGCACCCGUCGUUCCAGCCGCUUCUCAAAGACUCCGCGGAGGUGUACGGCUUCGUUCACGACGGUCCGGUCAACAUCCCCUGCCGCGUCGACAAGUUCCGCCACGUCCAGCGCACCAUCGAGGGAGAAACCGGCGGCGGCGGACGACUCCACCACCGCGCCGGCUACCAUUUUUGUUGGAGUAGUUGCUUCAAGAUCAAGCUUUGAAGGUUUCUCUUUCACUGCACGUACGAUCUAGCUAGUUUUUCAUGGAGGAGUGCAUGCUAUUUUUUUUUUUUUUCUUUUGUUGAUCCGGUCAUGUAAAGUUUUUUUUUU